GUUAAUUAGAGCAUUUUCUGUUGGGGGAGGACUCCAAAGUUUUAGGCAAUCUAAGAUAUGGCAACAACAACCGAAGAUGUAGUGGUAUCUCCGUUGAUUCAGGCGUUGCUCAACAAAUUGGUCUCUAAUUGGAUGCUCAAAUUUGGAUCUGAAUGGGGCGUUAAGAAAGAAUUGAGAAACCUCUUUAAAACACUCAAAUUGGCAUACGUAAUGACUAGUUCUACAGAGGAUAUGCAAGCAAGUGAUCCACUCUUGAAAAUUCUGCUCCGUGAUAUGAGAGAAGUUGUUUACAGAGCCACCUACACUUUGGAUGAGUUCAUCUACGAAGCUCAACGACAAAGUUUGGAGGAGGAGCAGGAUGACGAUGAUGAAAGUAAAGAGAGCUCCUCGAGAGCUAGCGUAAAGGUACGCCAAUACUUCUCCUUUUCUUUCAACGAGAAGCAAAUAUUGUAUGGCCUUGAGAUUCCGACUGUCAUAACUGGCAUAAUAAAUGAACUUCAUGAGAUGCAACAAAAGAUGAACCACAAUUAUGUUACUUCGGUCUCUUCUCUUGGAAGGAAUCUCAAUACAAUGGAAAGGAAACUCAAAACUAUUUCAUUAUUAGAUUCACGCCCUCAGAGUGUUUCCUUACUUAACGAUUCUGAAACAAUCCUUGGUAGGAGGGAAGAUGCAGAUGGCAUAAUAAACUUGUUAUUAUCUGAUGAGUAUAAUGGGAAAGGAGCUCCGGUUGUUUCAAUAGUUGGUAUAGGGGGGAUCGGAAAGACCAUGCUGGCUCAACUCAUUUACAACGAUGGAAAUGUAGUUAACCAUUUUGAAGUGAGAGCAUGGGUUUGUGUGUCUGAAGAUUAUGAUGUUAUACAAAUAACCAGAGCAAUUCUUGAGUCAAUUACUUGUGAGAAACAACAGGAUAUGAAUAAAUUGGAGCCACUUCAAAGCAAACUCAAAAAUAGUUUGCAGGGGAAGAAAUUUUUGCUUGUAUUGGAUGAUAUAUGGAACGAUGAUCCCAAAACAUGGGAUGCUGUAAGGGUUCCAAUAAAUGCUGCAGCAGGGAAAGGAAGUAGAAUAAUAGUGACCACACGGCUUAACAAAAUUUCCUCCAUUAUGAGUGCCAUGAGAAAAUUUGAUUUAGAAGGCUUGCCAUAUGAACUUGGCUGGGAGUUGUUCAAAAGGAAGGCUUUUGUUGAUGAUGAGAUAUGUAAUGCACACCCAAACCUAAAAAAAAUUGGGGGAAAAAUUGUUGAAAAAUGCAAAGGACUGCCUCUAGCAAUAAAAUCACUUGGAGGACUUCUCUAUGGUGAUCUCGAUGUAAAAAAGUGGAAAUUUGUCUUAGAAAGUGAGAUGUGGGAAGUUGGAGAUGACACAAUAAUGUCAACUCUACGUCUAAGUUAUUAUCACCUACCUGCACAUUUAAAAUUAUGCUUUGCAUACUGCUCUCUGUUUCCUAAAGAGCAUAAAUUUGACAAGAAAACUCUAGUUCGACUUUGGAUGGCAGAAGGUUUUAUUUCAUCCAAAGAAAUUGAUACAAUGGAAGACCUUGGUGGACAAUACUUUGAUGAAUUGUUGAAUAGGUCAUUUUUCCAAAAGUAUGAAGAAGAAAUCGUGAUGCAUGAUUUGAUGCAUGAUUUAGCCGAGUCAGUUUCGAAGGACAUGUAUCUUAGAGUGGAGAAAGGAAAACCAAAUAACAGCUGCAGCAUCCCAGAAGAGGUUCGCUAUGUGUCAAUGAUCGCUGCCCAAUUGGACUUUAUGGUGGCUGAAUUAUAUAAAUACAAGGAUUCGUCAACAUUAGUAUUGUCCAAAUCAUCAUAUUCUGGUCUGCAUCUCCCUCAUGACUUUUUUGAACCAUACCGAUGCCUCCGUGUGUUGGAUAUGAGUGGAAAAUAUUAUAGAUUUCGUGUUUUGCCAGAUUCAAUUGGCAAAUUGAAACACCUGCGGUUGCUUAACCUUAACGAAACUGGCAUUAAGGUAUUCCCUGAGUCCCUUUGCAACCUCUACAAUUUGCAAACUUUGAUGCUUAAAGAUUGUAAGAUUAAUGGGUUUCCCAAAAACAUGGGAAGCCUAAUCAACCUCCAACACAUAGAGAUGUAUGAUAAUGAAAUGUGGCGAAAAUUCAAUCUAAUAAGAGGCAUAGGGAAAUUACGUUUUUUGAAGACACUGCCUAAGUUUCGGGUGAGAAAGAUCAAUGGUAAUAAUAGUACAAUAGGAGAGCUAAAAGAGUUAUGUCAUCUCCAAGGAUCUAUUUUUAUUUCAGGGCUAGAGAAUGUAGUUGACUCUGAGCAGGCCAAGGAGGCUAACCUCUUCAAUAAGCAUCAAAUUGAUGAGUUGAUGUUGGAAUGGAGCCAUAGCAAUGGUGAAAGAGGUGGAGUGGAGGGUAUACUAGAGGGCCUACAACCUUAUACUGGGUUGAAGGCACUCCAAAUAUGGAAUUAUGGUGGCAUAUGUUUUCCACAGUGGAUGAUGAGUGGACUCGCAUGCUAUGAUAUGUUGAUAAGUGUAGAACUAUGGAAUUGCAGCAACUGCAAGUUCCUCCCUCCUUUAGGGAAUCUUCCUGUACUAAAAAGAUUGCAUAUAGUGGGCAUAAAAGAAGUGGAAUAUAUGAGUAGGGAAUUUUAUGGGUGCAGCAGUGACAACAAUAACUACAAUAAGGGAUUUCAAAUGUUGGAGAUUUUAAAUCUCUGGGACAUGAGUGGUUUGAAAGAAUGGUGGGGAACAGAGGAAGGAGAAUUUCCUCAACUCAAGAAGCUUACCUUGCACUCUUGUCCCAAAUUGACAAAAUUGCCCCCUCUGCUUCUUAUCGUGAAAGAAAUAGAAAUUGAGAGGUGUGAAAUGUUGAGUUCUCUUCCAAGGCUUCCAUCAGCUUCUGCACUAGAAGUAAGCAAUUGUGAUGAGAAGAUAUUGAAUUGGACACAUGAAUGCCCUUCCUUGUCCAACUUGAAUAUUGGUAAUUUUCCAAACAUGACAUCCAUGCCCUCAGAGAUGCUUCAAUCCUUUGCACAGAAACUCAAGUACUUGGUAAUCUUCGAGUGUCCUAUGCUUCAAUCAGUACCGAAGUUAGAAGGUCUUGUAUCCCUUCAAUAUUUGAAAAUCUACAGGUGCCCUAUGCUUCAAUCGUUGCCCAACUUACAGGGUCUCACAUCCCUUCAGUUCUUGCAAAUCUAUGAUUGUUAUAUGCUUGGAUCACUGCCACAGUUACACUGUCUUGCACCCCUUCAACAUUUGGAAAUCAACAACUGUUCCAUCCUUCAAACCUUGCCAGAGUUGCAAGGUCUUACAUCUGUUCAGCAUUUGAAAAUCUCAGUGUGUCCUAUGCUUCACUCAUUUCCAAAGUUGCAAGGUCUCACAUCUCUUCAAAACUUGCAUAUCUCUGAGUGCCGUAUGCUUCAAUCAAUACAAGAAUUACAAGAUCUUGCAUCCCUUCGGCAUUUGGAAAUUAACAAGUGUCCUAUGCUUCAAUUAUUGCCAGAGUUGCAAGGACUUACAUCCCUUCUGUCUUUACACAUUCAAGAGUGUACUAUGCUUCAGUCAUUGCCAGACUUUCAAGAUCUUGCCUCUCUUCGACAAUUGAAACUCCGUGAAUGUCCCAAUCUGACGUCUUUGCCCAAGGGUCUCCACAAGCUCAACUCUCUACAAGAAUUGAGCAUAUGGUGGUCCAAUUGUAUGAAACCCCUUUUGGAGGAGAAGCUGCCCAUCAGCCUUCGUUGUUUGAAUAUUGAUAAUUGUCCCCGAGAACUAAAGAAUCGGUUGCGAGAGGGAGGGGAAGACUGGCCCAAGAUUUCUCAUAUUCCCACUGUUCAUCUCAUCCCUCCCCUUCUUAUGAAGUAACAAAAAGGAAAAUGCAUUAUUGUGCAAAUUUAUGGAUUCUUCAUCGGCAUGCGAGGACUCCUCUCUAUUCUCUCUACAUGCUGCACCAUGGAUCUAACAGCUGUGCAUUAAUUUUAUUGAUCCAAUAGUUUUAUAGAGGUUGCAAGAUGUAGAAUAAAGUAGCUUCCAAGAUGUAGAAUAGAAGUCCGGUGAUUCAUCAUCGGACUAUUGGACUGUUAAUUUGAGAGAACCGUAUAAUGAACAGAUGAUCCUUGCGGUAAGGUUAUCUACAAU